CGACGCCCAGCGCCCCGUCCAGGAGAUCUAGCGAAGUGAAUCUAUGGAUUUAGAAGCUAUUAAGAGGCUGCUGCGAUCACCUAGACCAAGUGAUGAAUACUUGGCUGGGGUAAAAGGUUUUCUUGAUUUUGCAUACAUGGGAAAAAAGGCAGAUACCAAGAUUCAUUGCCCAUGUGUUAAAUGUGUCAAUAGAUUUUUACUGAAACGGGAUGAUGUAUAUGGUCAUUUGGUAUGUGAUGGAAUGCUACUUGGAUAUACUGUCUGGGGUUGUCAUGGUGAAACUGCAGCAUACAUCAGCGCCAACAAGCGGAAACGGUCAAAAGGAGAAAGAAAAAACUUAAACUCUAAUAUGCACCAGCUAGUUCAUGAUGCAUUCGGGAACGUAGAUAAUGAACCUCCAGUGAAUGACCGCGAUGGUCCAAAUCGUCUAGAACCUGGACCAGAUUCUGAAACCCAAGCUUUCUUUGACUUGUUGGGAGGUGAAGAUGUACCUUUGUGGAAAGGGUGUGAACUAUCAAAACUUUCUUUCCUUGUACUUCUGUUCAACAUAAAAUCGACUAACAAGUGGAGUAAUAAAUCUUUAAAUGACUUGCUAGCAGUUCUGCAACAAGCAAUUCCCAAUGGUAAGAAGUUACCUAGAACUUUUGCGGAGGCUAAGAAGAUCAUCGGGAAGCUUGGGCUUAGUUACGAGAGAAUUCAUGUUUGUGAACAAGAUUGUCAGCUUUUUUGGAAAGAGAAGGAAAGUGAUGACUUCUGCUCUAUAUGUGGAAAAUCAAGGUGGAAGAACACACCAGAUAAGACCACACUAACAAAGAAAGAAAGAAGAAAGGCAAGCCCUAAGAAGGUGUUACGGUACUUUCCAAUUAAGCCACGGCUUAAGAGACUUUUUAUGCACAAAGAAACCGCUGCAGCAUUACGGUGGCAUGAUGAGGAACGCACAAAGGAUGGUGCAUUGCGACAUCCAGCUGAUUCAGAGGCAUGGAAACACAUUGACUCUAAGCAACUGAGGCAAAAAUAGGUGGUCCAGUUUGCUACCGUUCGAUGUGGUUUACGGAAAGGUACCUAGGUAAGCUGAAAUCAAAUGUUCGCAAUAAAGCUCAUCCCGAAGGAUCUAUAGCUGAAGCAUAUUUGGCAGAUGAGUGCAUGACAUUUUGUUCAAGAUAUAUUGUUGGUUUUGAGACCAAACAUAACUUGACUUCACGGAACGAAGAUAGUGAGGAGUUGGUUGGGCAUUGUGACGUUACACGAAGAUCAACUUUAUUUCCUCA